UUGUGGUGGAAAUUCAGAUGAGGGGUCAUCUGGCCUUUUUCAGUAACAUCUUGAAUGUUAUUAACCAGAUAUUCGACUUUUUGUGUUUUUCACAAUAUUAAAUUGAUACAACCUCACACAGCAUGUCAAUCACGAUGUUACCAUAGAGACGCAGCGCGAUGCUUUUCCAGAGCUUGUGGAUUUAGCCGCGCGCAUGCAUACAUCGAUGAGGAAGACCGAAGCAUGCGACUGCAGAGCACUGCAGUGUCUCGGGCAUCAAGAUGUUGCGGUUGAACUUGGAGUAGAAACACCGAGAAGUGGCAACCAGCUGACUCAUACCUGAAGUGGGGACAAUGUCUCUCAAGGAGGCUCCAGCGCCUCAUUACCAAGGCAAAGUGGUGCUCAGGAGAAAGUUGACUGGCCCUUCAAGGCUGCUCCUAGGCAAAUGUAAAUCCAGGUACAAGCGACAAAACUGUAGUCCUAAUGACAAAACACCAGAUAGCCCCCACAGAAGAUCCAAGAACUCCAUGCUGAACUAUAACUAUUCUGUUCAGGAGGAGACAGCACAGGAGCCUUCUGGAAGCACACCGAAUCCUCUCAGUCCGUGCAAGGAAAGUAAACAACUAGAGAGUUCCUCUGAACCUCGCUACCUCUCACUAAAACCAUACAGAGAUCAAGAAAGUGAACAGAGUAAAGCACCAGAAAGCUCAAGACCAAAUGCUUGGAAGAAAUUCUUCUGCCCAAGAUGUCUGAGGUUCAAGCCGUCUCUCGGCGAUGAAGAUCAAAGCCAUGAUUUCACUUUUUACAACCAACAAACAAGAGACUCAUUUGAUAUGGCCGUUAGGCCAUCCAUUAUUUACCAAGUCAUCGAACAAAAAGUGGAACAACAGACAAGAGUUGCGGAGACUGAGUGCAGGCAAGCCACGAAAACAGAGCACUCUUUUCUGAAGGGGCUCUUCUAUCUGCGAGAGAAACUGGCUUCCCCAAAACCAAACCACAAUGGUUCAGAGCCAGCGUUUGUUGUCCAGGAAGACAGCCUUUGUCCAUGCCUCAACCUUAGGAAACAGUUGAGACAUCAGGUGAGACAUAGAGCCAAGAAGCCCUCACCUUUCUUUCAGGAGCGCAUUGGGAGUGCACAGGAUUACAUCCAGGAGGAGACUAUUGUGCUUUCCAACAGACACACUGAUGAGGCUAUUCACAGCGUCUGUCAGAGUGUCCAUGAUGGAGGUCCUCACAUGGAGACACUAGAAGUGAGUGUGGAUGUGACACCUGUGACAUCAGAGUGUGAAUCCAAAACCAGCACAUUGGAUGCCAGCCGUACUGAGACCUGUGGUAAACCCAACGCUCAUUUGGAUGAAGAUGAUGCAGAAUGUGCUUUGCUUUCUGAGGAGAAAACGGUGGCUGCUGGAAUGAAUGGAACCGAUGAACCGGAGACAUCACCUGAUGUAAGGAGCUGUCAGAAGCAAGAAGAUGAGAAGGAGGAGGGGGAGGAGGUGGAGGAGGAGAACCACGUAGCAGUUAAUGCCUCAGAAAACCUGUUCAUAUGUGAAUCAUCAGUACCAACUGAGGUGAACCAGGAAGACCCAGCUGUGGAGCACGAGUGCGAGAGCACAGUGGAUGAAGAUGGACAAACAACCUCCCAUUCAAGUCUAGCAAAUCAUUCUGAUAUUGUUUUGUCCUGUCAAUAUGAAAGUGGACUGUCAUCUGAAGAAGUAAUGGACAAUGUAGAUGCAAUCAUGCCAUGCCCUGAUGGUUUUCUUAGCAAAAAUGGACUUGAUAUCCCUCAGAGAGAAGAACCUGAACCUAGAAAUCAGCUCAGUGAUCUUCAGCCACCAGAGAUAAUCCUCUACCAGACAGCCCGUCUUUUGGUUCAGGCAGCAAUGGAGGCUGCCCUAAGGCAGUUGGAAAAGGACCUCGUGGACUCAGUUGCUGGAUGUUAUGAAGAGACUGGAGAUUACUGAGUCACUGUAUUUAUGUUUAUAUAUGAGGACGCUCUGCUGUGUGCUGCAGGAACAAUCUGUUCUUUUCACUGUCUAUAUGUGCCAUUCAUUACUUUAUUUAUUGGUAAAAUAGUUGCAUAAUGUUGUGGAAAAAAAUAAAUGAACAA